UUCCAUCAUUUUAAAGUAUUCAUUUUCAAGUGUUGUUAACAAGUACGCAGUAAAAAUUAUUCGGAAAUCCCACUUGAAAACAUAAAUGAACAUUAUCUACAGCCAAAAUUUAUGACAUGGUCAUCAUAACAUGAUUUAAAACUGUCUAAGGAUUGUUCUCAGUUAUAUCGAUAAAGAAGCAUCAUGGAAAACAUAUUCGAAAAUUCAACUCAGGACUAUGAAAAUUUAACGAACACCUCUACACCUCACGAUGGGAAUUCAACAACAAAAUCAUCUGUGGAAUUGAAUACAUUUGAGGUUGUUCUGACCCUCGAGGAACUGAACCAAAUUGAGGUUCACAGACGGUUGGCUCCUAUGAUUUACCUGGGAAUCCUCAUGCUGCUUGGUGUUCCAGGAAACCUUACAGUGUUGUUCGUCUAUUUGUUCAAAUUUGGCAGCAGUACCCAUAGAACCUUCAUUGUGGCUUUGGCCAUCAUAGACUUGGUGGGGUCCGCGGUUUGUAUGCCGUUCGAGAUUAUCGAAAUGAACUUUCAGUACACAUUUUACGCAGUUGGAGCAUGUAAGUUUUUCCGCUUCAACAAUACCUUCGUUGCUUUGACAUCUAUCUUCGUAAUGAUUGGAUUGUCUGUGGACAGAUACAGAAGAGUAUGUAAGCCACUCAAAACACAGCUGACUGUGUUUAUGGCGAAGAUUGUUUGUGCUUUAGCAGUGUUUCUCUCUAUUUUGUUCUCAUGGCCUAUAUUAUUUUUGCUUGGAACAAGGCGUGUUGAGCUUCCUUAUAAUGUCACUGGUUACGAUUGUUCAACUGACGACAAAUAUAGAAAGACAAUUUACCCAGUUGUUCACAACGGUAUUCUUUUCCUUAUCUUUGUUUUUGCGAUCGUAUUUUUGACUGUGAUUUAUAUUCUCAUUGGUAGAAAGAUCUUCAAGCACAUAAGGUUUCGGAACACCUUCAAAUCCUCUCAAUCGUUGUCUAUUUCCUCGAGAAAAACGUCGUCUACUAAAGAUCAUCACAGUAACGAACAAGAAGGGAUUGUUCUUGUGAAUGUUAACAAUAAAAUAUCUCCUAGAGAGGAACCGAAGCCCUCAAAAGAAACUGAAAGGAAAAGCUCAAGAAAGCGAAGUGAAACUACACCAGAAGAUAAUUCCAAGAAAAAAAUCACCAGAAUUGCCUUUGCUAUUUGCCUGGCUUUCAUUUUAAGCUAUCUUCCACACCUAGUAAUCACUGUGUGGACGGCCGUUAAGGGCGGGUUUAUCGUCAAACCGGGACCAGUAGCCUCAGCAGUGUUGCCUAUAGUGACGAGGUCCAUUUUCAUCAAUAACAUUGUGAACCCUUUCAUUUACGGUUUUCUUGAUAAACGAUUCAGGAGAAUUGUUCUCAGUAGUGUAUGCAAGAAAUAUAAAAAGUGAUACAUUGUAGAAAAAUGAAAAGGGGAUUCUAAUUUGCUGUGUC